GGAGGGCGGAGCGCAGCGCGCGGGCCGGCCCGGGCCCAGCGACCCCGCAGCGGCCCCUGGCUCCUCUGGGCGCCCCCGCCCGCGUCCCUUCCUCGGCCGAAGGGGUUGCCGCGGCUCGGCGGCGCUUCCCGGGAGGCGCUGACCUCUGCGGAGGCGGCGGGGGCUCAGCAUCGGGCCGGGGCCGGGGGGGCGCCGGGGCCGGGGGGCGGCGCUCCGGCCCGGCCCGGCCCCGCCCGAUGCCCAUGAGCGCGAACACCAUGAUCUUCAUGAUUCUGGGGGCGUCGAUCGUGAUGGCCAUCGCUUGCUUGAUGGACAUGAACGCGCUGCUGGACCGGUUCCACAACUACAUCCUCCCGCACCUGCGGGGCGAAGACCGCGUCUGUCACUGCAACUGCGGCCGGCACCACGUCCACUACGUGAUCCCGUACGACGGGGACCAGUCGGUGGUGGACGCCGCGGAGAACUACUUUGUGACGGACAGUGUGACCAAGCAGGAGAUCGACCUCAUGCUGGGGCUGCUGCUGGGCUUCUGCAUCAGCUGGUUCCUGGUGUGGGUGGACGGCGUGCUGCACUGCGCGGUGCGCGCCUGGAGGGCCGGCCGGCGCUACGAUGGCUCGUGGACCUGGCUGCCCAAGCUGUGCAGCCUGCGGGAGCUGGGGCGGCGGCCGCACAGGCCCUUCGAGGAGGCGGCCGGGAACAUGGUGCACGUGAAGCAGAAACUCUACCACAACGGCCACCCCAGCCCGCGGCACCUGUGAGCCGCGCACAGGACUCGCCGGGGCCCCAGGGCCGCCGGCCACCGAGACGUCAAAGGGACCUCGUGGGCGCCCGGGCCGGUGGGACUGGACGGCAGCCUUGGGCCCGGGGCGCCUGGGGCCGUGCCCGGCGUAGCCGCCCACCAGGCAAGUCCAGCGGAAGGUGCUGUCUCUCCUUUUUAUACAGGGGGUAGGGGCGGGGACCGGGGUGGGGGAGGCUGCCGGGCCUCAGGGGGGCAGGGCCCCAGCCGGGCAGGGCACAGCGGCCUCACCGGCCUGCGGCCACGUCCAGCUGAAAGCCGCUGUGUGUGUUUCCUGUGAGCUGUGUCCAUCUGUCCAUCCGUGUCGUCUGGAGGGGAGGGAGGCGCUGAGGGCCAGCGCCCGGCACACGGGAGCAUGUGCGUGCGGCGUGCGCGACCGCGAGGCGGGGGCGGAGGUCGGGGUCCUCGGCCACGGCGCCCCCCUGUGAUGCCCACCCCGCCUGGUCAGUAAACUCUCCAGAAAGCUCCA